AUGAAGUACACCGCCGCUGUUCUUCUGGCCUCGGCCGCUGCCGUCAGCGCCGAUUGCGCUACCACCAGUUACGAGGAGGGCGGAAACUGGUUCUGCCAGGCUGUCAACCAAAUCAAGUACACGAACCUGGCCGCCAGCGGCUCCUACAAGGCCGUCAGCUCCAUGUCCUCCUCUGGAGACUGCUCUUUCUCUGACAAGGCCUACUCGGGUGCCAUUGCUCCCUUCGACGAGGAGCUCUCUGUCCACGUCCGUGGCCCUACCCAGCUGAAGUCGUUCGCUGUGUACAAGCCGGCCGCUACCAAGAAGCGUGCCGAGCACAAGUCUCACAGACGUCACGGCCACCAGCACCUGCACAAGAAGGCCGCCGAGGGCAAGCAGGAGGAGGCCCGCGCUGUUGGUGACGACGUUAUUGCCACCAUCAACGGUCAGGUUGUGUCCUGGAAGAACACCUGGGACGGAAAGACGGCCGCCGUCGCUGACUCGAAGGCUGCCGCCACUACCUACCCAGCAGCAGCCACCACUGCCGCCACGUCCAGCAAGACCACCAAGGCCGCAAGCACUGCUUCCACCUCGGCCGACUUCGACGCUGCCGGCGACUACACCCGUGUCGCGUACUACAGCGCCGAGGACCAGACCGCCGAUGGCAUCACUUUCCUCGGCAACUACGGUGGCCAGGGAUCCGGUGUCUUUGACAACACCUGGGGCAACAGUUUGUCUUACCUUAGCGCCGACGGUACCAGCGGUGCCGCUUCGUCCGAGAUCCUCAGCAACGUUCUCGUUGGCGACAACAAGGAGUACGCCAUCUUCGCUGACACCGAGUGUGCUGAUGGAGAUGAGGAGUGCGGAUACGCCCGCCCUGGCUCCGUUGCCUACCACGGUUUCGGUGGCGCCGACAAGGUCUUCCUGUUUGAGUUCCAGAUGCCUGCCAGCGGCAAGACUGGCUGGAACGAGGACAUGCCCGCUAUCUGGCUCCUGAAUGCCAAGAUUCCCCGUACUGGCCAGUACAGCUCGUGCUCCUGCUGGGGCAACGGUGACGGCUGUGGUGAGGCUGAUGUCUUCGAGGUUCUCGCCUCCGGUGACACCAAGGCCAAGUCCACCUUCCACUUCCUGAACUCCCUCGGAAGCUCCGACUACUUCGACCGCCCUACCAGCAAGUACAUCAAGCUGGCCGUUGUCUUCCAGGCCUCGUCCGAGACCGCCUCGAUCAAGAUCAUUGACGACUCGGUUGACUUUGCCUCGUCUCUCUCGGCGACCACCAUUGAGUCUUUCGUCAAUGAUGAUGGUGACAGCCUCCUGUCCACCAUCAUGUCCUUCCUGUCUGGUUAA